GGGUAGAAGCCAAGGAUGUGCGUAUCAAACAGGGGCGCAACUGCAGGGUUUAAACCCCCGAACGUAAUCAUAGAAACUUUCCCGUGCGGCUGCGUCUCCAAAUUGGGGCUCACUGAGACGGCCCAGCCACGGCCCCGCUCCGGCGGCUCCAGGCCGGGUUUUCGCGCCGCUCGCCGGCCCGCGCGCGGCGGCCUCAGCGCAGCCGCGCGAGGCGCCGAUCCCUCCGCGCCGCCGGGCCGCGCGCCCCUCUCACCCGCGCAGGACAGCGGAGGCGCGCGGCGCGGGGAAAAUAGUGCACAGCGGAGUGAUCCGGCCGCGGGGGCGGGGCGCCGGGGGCCAUAUAAAGACCGAGCGGGGGGCGAUGCGUGGCGCAGUUGGCGCUGGGGAAAAAUGCAGAUCUUCGUGAAGACCCUGACGGGCAAGACCAUCACCCUUGAGGUCGAGCCCAGUGACACCAUUGAGAAUGUCAAAGCCAAGAUCCAGGACAAGGAAGGCAUCCCUCCUGACCAGCAGAGGCUGAUCUUCGCUGGCAAGCAGCUGGAAGAUGGGCGUACCCUGUCUGACUACAACAUCCAGAAAGAAUCCACUCUGCACUUGGUGCUGCGCCUGCGAGGUGGGAUGCAGAUCUUUGUGAAGACCCUCACGGGCAAGACCAUCACUCUGGAAGUCGAGCCCAGUGACACCAUUGAGAAUGUCAAGGCCAAGAUCCAGGACAAGGAAGGCAUCCCUCCUGACCAGCAGAGGCUGAUCUUCGCUGGCAAGCAGCUGGAGGAUGGCCGUACCCUGUCUGACUACAACAUCCAGAAAGAAUCCACCCUGCAUCUCGUGCUGCGCCUCAGGGGUGGCAUGCAGAUCUUUGUGAAGACCCUGACUGGCAAGACCAUCACUCUGGAAGUCGAGCCCAGUGACACCAUUGAGAACGUCAAAGCCAAGAUCCAGGACAAGGAGGGCAUUCCCCCUGACCAGCAGAGGCUGAUCUUCGCUGGCAAGCAGCUGGAAGAUGGCCGUACCCUGUCUGACUACAACAUCCAGAAGGAGUCAACUCUGCACCUUGUCCUGCGCCUGCGGGGUGGUAACUGAACCAGCAGUUUGUUGCUUCCAAAUAAAAGGUUCCCUGCACUUGUUCAUUCCAAUAAAGCUGUUGCAUCUGUAAAA